AUGAAAAUACCAGAAUGGUCUUGUGAAACUAUUAUGGUGGUCCCCUUCCCGGAGGAAAUUGAUGAAAUAAUAGUCACGUCGCUGCCAUCACAAUCUAUUCAAGCUUCGAUUCCCGUUAAAAAAUUAGGACCAACGAUUAUCAAUAGCAACAACAAUAAUGAUGAUAAUAAUUCAUCAGAUGGAAUAACUAUUGAAGAUAAUUUAAACGGUGAAUCUCUGGACAGAAAUCAAGCAAAACAAUCGGAGACUCAACAACUGGCAUCUCGAGUUUCCAAUAAAUUAAAUUCGCCGACGAGUAAAACAUUAUCUGUCGCCGUACCGCCAUUGAUCGCUCAUACCCGAGCGUUGAAUAAUAUUAACAUUGAUAAAACAACAACAACAGCAACUCCAGUUAUUGAAUAUCGCGAUUUGUUGAGUGAAUUUGGGUUAUUAGAUAGCGAUGGUACUGAAAGUUGUCCCGACAGUAAUAAUUCAUCGGAAUACUACGACAAACAAUUAUUAUCAAUUAGCGAAGAUAGUAUUAGUGACAGUAAUGUUAAACAAAGUAGCCAUAUAAUUUCAAUAAAUAACAAUAACAAUGAGUCCAAAGAUAAUUUAACGGGGAAGGGGGAGAGAAGUGCAGAGGUGGAGGCCAAAAAAAUAAGCGGUAGUUGGCCGGGUAUUGACUAUGCUAAUAAAAUAAUAAUAAGUAACACUGGUUCCCAUAAAACUGAUGAUAAAUUAUUGUUAUCAUCGUCGGGUAACAGUUCUAGUCUACCAGCGAGUCUUGAUUGUAGAAAAGAUUAUAAAAAUUCAGAGAUUGUUCAGCCAAAUAAAUUAUCAAAUUACGGUUUUGAUAAAACUAUUAAUAGUAAGUGUACAGUUAAUGAUGUUAAGUGUUGUUGUAAGCCUCCGCGACAGGUUAAUGACACCAAUUGUAAAAAUAAUUCAAGUCCAAUGAGUCGUAGAUGUAGAUCGUCGACGAAUUCAUUAACAAAAUCAAAAUUGUCGGCAUCAAGAACCGAAGAAGAGACAACAGAUGCCGACUACGAUGAUGUGUUUAUCGAUGACAAAGUUAAUUUACGGCUGCAGUUUAUUGAUACAACAGCUCGUUCAGCCCCAGUGACGCCGACCGAUGAAAAAAGUCUCCCGUUUUCAAAAUUAUUCCGGAAAAAAUAUCCGCUUAGCUCUAGUUGCAGCAACAGCUGCAAUCUCAAUGCUAGAAUGACCGACGCAAUUUUGGUCAGAGUAUCCUCGCUACCGGAUCAAGAUCUACUGGACAUUACCAAUGAUAAAAAUAACCAUCAUCAUCAUCAUCAUCAUCAUCAGGAGUUUAAUAGACACCCAAUGAAGAAAAAGAGACGUGCUAUUUCACCGCUGACACUUAGAUCGGAUAUCACCGCCAAGAGAUUAUCCGAGUCAGAUAAAGAUGUCAGUCAAAUAAGUCCAGUUCAAUUAAAAACCUUUUUUCCGCUAAAUAAUAACGGACAUAAUGACGUUGCUGUCGGUUGUGAUUUACCAAGCGGGAGAAAAAACUCAUCGGAUACCAGUAUUGAGAGUGGAAAAUCGGAUAAAUUUGUUAAAAAUGAAUUCAGGAAAGCUCCCAAUGAUGACAGCUCGCGAUCUGUAUCCCCUAUGGAGACGUUUAACUGCUCGAAUAUGGCCACCCAAACAUCCCCAGCGAUUUCACGCAGCUCGAGUUUUACGUGGGUCAGCGAUUGUGAUUCGCCUCGAGAUGAAAGUGCCCUGGAUCUAGCGGCUUCACCUCAGGACACCGUCGACGAUGAUAACAGGUCGUCCUCGUCUUCUCAAGAUCUCGUGCAAAGUCUUGAUGAAAUUUCUUCCGGCAGCACUUCGCCUGAUAAUACGGACCGCGCUUCGCCACUCGAAAGCGGAAUUGGCACCGCCAGCCCUCCAAGGAGUACAGAUCGACGUUCAAUCAAACCGUUGAUUAACAACAAAUGUUGUCGCAAAGAAACUUGGGAAAGAAUACGAAGGCGUCCGUCAAAAUUAAAUUCACGCUCUGAUAAAAAUUCUACUGACGUUUGGGUUCGCAGAGAGAGUGUUUACACCCAGACCAGAAAUCAAGAUAAAGGCUCCCAAGAAGCUGUUGAUAGCAGCAGUGGUGUCGAUGAUACAUUGCCGAGGACCAAACUUUCAAGGCCGAAAGAUUUAAUCAUCGACAUCAGUAGUUCAUUGAGUUCUGGAGAAAUGCUUGAAUCAUUGGAAAUUUCAUCUCCGAAUUCCCACAUUCAACCCACUGAAGAACCAGCUGAAAACACGGAUAAUCAAGAGGCUCAGAUCCCGCCGCUUCACUUCCAGCCCGACUACCAGCUAUCUGAUAUAAGAUAA